AACAGUAGUUUCUACUGUUUGGCGAAGAAAUCAACCAUGAUGAAGUGGCUAAUCAUUGCCCUUGUCUGCCUCCAUUUUUCAGAGGCAGACAAGGUAAUCAAAGUCCCUUUGAAGAAGUUCAAGUCCAUGAAGCAAGUGAUGAAAGAGAAGGGUGUGCUUCAAGACUUCUUGAGGAAUCACAAGUGGGACCCUGCUGCCAAAUACUUCAACCAGUUUGCUGUUGGUUAUGAGCCUCUGGCCAAUUAUAUGGAUAUGUCCUACUAUGGGGAGAUCAGCAUCGGGACCCCACCCCAGAACUUCCUGGUCCUCUUUGACACUGGCUCCUCCAACCUGUGGGUGCCCUCCAUCUAUUGCCAGAGCCAGGCCUGCACAAACCAUCCCCAGUUCAACCCCAGCCAGUCCUCCACCUAUUCCAGCAAUGGACAGACCUUCUCUCUUCAGUAUGGAACAGGGAGCCUUACUGGAGUCUUUGGCUAUGACACUGUGACAAUCCAGGGCAUCCCCAUCACCAACCAGGAGUUUGGCCUGAGCGAGACUGAACCUGGCACCAACUUUGUGUAUGCCCAGUUCGAUGGGAUCCUGGGCCUGGCCUAUCCUUCCAUCAGUUCUGGUGGGGCCACCACUGUCAUGCAGGGCUUCCUGCAAGAGAACCUGCUCAAUGCCCCUGUUUUUGCCUUCUACCUUAGUGGGAAUGAGAAUUCUAAUAACGGUGGUGAAGUCACUUUUGGGGGAGUGGACACCAACAUGUUCACUGGAGAGAUCUACUGGGCACCUGUCACUCAGGAAGCUUACUGGCAGAUUGCCAUUAAUGGGUUCUCCAUUGGAGGCCAGGCUACCGGUUGGUGCUCUGAAGGUUGCCAAGCUAUUGUGGACACUGGAACUUCCCUCCUCACUGCCCCCCAGCAGAUUUUCUCUGAGUUGAUGCAGUACAUUGGAGCCCAGCAGAAUGAAAAUGGAGCUUACUUGGUCAGCUGCAGCAAUACCCAGAACAUGCCCACCAUCACCUUCAACAUCAAUGGUGUAAACUUCCCCCUUCCUCCCUCUGCCUAUGUUCUUCCGAGCAACAGCAACUACUGCGAGGUGGGGAUCAUGCCCACUUACCUGCCUUCCCAGAAUGGUCAGCCUCUCUGGAUCCUUGGAGAUGUUUUCCUCAGGAACUAUUACUCUGUCUACGACCUUGGAAACAACAGGGUGGGCUUUGCCAACCUAGCCUAAGCUCCUCUUCCAGACUAUUUUCAUCUCCCUGGCUCUUGGUCUUCCCUCCCUUUCUGUCUCUCCUGAUGAAUUCUGGAUCUUCAUUGUGGGUUCUGAGAAUCUAUAAAUAAAAAUCAUUCUAACCCUUCA